AUGAUCGCAUCAAAUCAAGGGUAUCCAAAGCAACAUCACAAAUGCAAUCCGCCUUUAAUGUCAUAUCACCGCCCAUCAUACGAACUCCCACCCCCAUACUCAUAUGGAUCAACCGUCCGAUAUGACCCCGACACCCGACUCCUCCUCGACCUCGACCGCCCCGGCGCCACCGGCCCAUCAACCGACGAAUGCUCCUCCAGAACCUCCACCACAUCCCCUUCAUCCGUCCUCGACGCACUCGUCACCGACUCCUCCACUACGAUAUUAUCAUUAUCAGGAUGCCGUCUGCGCCGCCCCUCCUCCUCCACCACCUCAAUCCUUCCUCCCCCGCCGCCUCCGCGGUGCGCCCGCCGCAUCCGUCUCCCCAGCGCGCUCUCCGUCGUCGUCGACAUCGACACGGUGCUGACUUCUACGUCGUCGGGGCCUGGACGAUUCCGACGACGGUGCCGGGGGAGGGACUGUCGUCGAGACGCCCGUAGGACGCGGGGAUGGAGACUGAUUGGCCGCGACCGCAAUUGA